ACAUCUCAUAUGUAUGGUUAUAAUGUUCUACGCAGUGUCCGACGAUCAAGCAUCUCGUUUGGCUGUUAUUCUGUCACAUCACGAUGGAUACAUCACUGCUUCCGUCGACUUUUGUGCUAUUGUUGGGAACUCUGAUCGUCAUCGGCGUUUUGAAAAUUAUCACUGUGGUGCAUCACAUAUAUUUUUACUGGAAAUCUAAGGGCCUACCUUAUUUGCCAAUAUCGUUAUCAUCUUUUGUAACGGACUACAAAUUCGCUCUGGGUUACAUCUCUUUUAGCGAUUAUUACCAACAGUUAUACAACUACUACCCAGAUGCUAAGUAUGUUGGAACAGUGGAUUUUUUCCAACCUGCCCUGCUUGUGCGCGAUCCCGAGCUGAUUAAAGAUAUGGUGGUGAAGGAUUUUGAACAUUUCCCGGAUCAUCGCAACUUCGUUAACGAAGACGUAGAACCAUUGUUUGGCGCCGCUAUCUUUUCCUUGCGCGGCGAUCGCUGGAAGCAAAUGAGAAAUACACUAACCCCCUCUUUCACAGCUAGCAAA